GCCAGCUGAGUGGGGGGAUGAAGAUGGAGACAAGGAAAUCUACUUCUUCUUUACGGAGACUUCUCGAGCCUUUGACUCAUACGAGCGCCUUAAAGUUCCUCGGGUGGCCCGUGUGUGUGCGGGGGACCUUGGGGGCCGGAGGAUGCUCCAGAAGAAGUGGACGACCUUUCUGAAGGCUGACCUGCGGUGUCCAGGGCCUGAAGAUGGCCGGGCCUCUAGUGUCCUGCAGGACAUGGCUAUUCUUCGACCUGAGACUGGAGUGGGGGCCCCCAUCUUUUAUGGCAUCUUUUUCUUUCAGUGGGAGGAGGCUUCCAUCUCGGCUGUCUGUGCCUUCCGACCACAAGACAUUCGGACAGUGCUGAAUGGUCCCUUCAGGGAGCUGAAAGAUGUCUGCAACAGGGGACAGCCUGUCAUGGAGAGUGAGGUACCCCAGCCCAGACCUGGAGAGGUAAGGGGUGUGUGGCAGCUCUUCACCCCAUGCCAGAAUCGCCUCAUUAGA